CUGUGACUGGAAGCCAAAAGGAGAGCAGGACCUCCACAGAGUGACUGGAUCUGUGGGAAUCAGAAGGAACAUCAACAUCCAUAUCAUCUAAAGGCUUGCUUAAAAAAUCAGAAAGGAACGGAGAAAGCUAUCCUUCGCAUAUUUUUUUCUAUUUUCCAAAAGAUAAGUAAAGAAAGACAGAUGACGGAUUUUAGGUCUGCUCUAAAGCCCCGAUCGGGGCCUAAACCCGGGUCUGAGAUCAAGACAAGCACCCCAGCAAAGGUUGAUUUCAGAUCACUGCUUAACAAGAAAGACGGUUCCCCCAAAGGGCCUGCUGCCACGCCACCUCCCAGCAGCACACCUUCAGAUUUGAGGUCCGUCUUGAACAAGAAGCAAGCUCCACAACCAGAGAAGAAUGAGGCGAAUGAGCAAAACUUGUCGAAACCAGGACCCAAGAUACCUCAGAAGGACAUUCAAAGCGGAAUCAAUGGUAUGAACGGAGGUGCGAUUGAUAAAAAAGUAACCGUAACAGAAAAAUCAACAACGGAGAAAAAAACAAGCAGUGUGACGGAGAACAAAACCACCAGCAGUAAUGCCGGGCCUGUUGACAAAAAGGUGAUCGCUCCUGAGAAAGCUAGUCCAGAGAAGAAGAAAAAUGAUGGAGAGAUAGCAGAGAAUAAUAAGAAAAAGAGAAGAGAGAAUGGAGAAAAGAAGGAUGCGGGAAGGUCACCGGUGUUUACACAGUCUCUCAGUGAUGUCACUGUGGUGGAUGGAGAGAGGCUGAGGUUGGAGUGUCAGGUGACCUCUACACCCCCAGCACUCAUUACCUGGAUGCUUGAUGGAAAAGUGGUGAAGCCAUCCAAGUUCAUUAUUUUAUCGCAGGAAGGUGAAAAAUGCUCACUUACGAUCGACAAAGCUCUACCAGAGGAUGAAGGGCGCUACACAUGUAGAGCUGAGAAUGCAGAUGGUAAAGCUGAGUGUUCCUGUAUGGUUACUGUAGAUGAUCCUUCAGACCCAUCAGCAGAUAAGAAGAACAGGAAGACCUCUUCUGCUACUCCCACUACAGAAAAUGAAGCCAGAAUAAAGAAGAAACCAGCUCCCCCUAAACAGGGUUCUCCACCUCAGGUCCUACAGUUUUCUGGAGAUCAAAAGAUCAGGGCAGGAGAGAAAGUGGAGCUGUUGUGCAACUUCGGAGGGACGGCACCAAUAACCUGCACCUGGCUCAAGUUUAAAAAGCCGAUCCAGGCAGGAAGUGGGGGCAUUUCCAUAGAGACCACAGAGAACCGCAGUCUGCUGACAAUCGCAGCGAGUGACCAAGAUCACUGCGGCUGCUACACACUGGAGCUCCAGAAUAAAUUUGGCACCAAGCAGGCCUCGCUCAACCUCACCAUCGUAGAUAAACCAGAUCCCCCUGCCGGCAUCCCCGCAGCAUCCGACAUCCGCAUGUCUUCACUGACCCUCUCCUGGUACGGGCCCACUUACGAUGGGGGCAGCAUCGUCCAGUCCUACAACCUGGAGAUCUGGAACUCGAUUGAAAACACGUGGAAUGAUCUUACCUCCUGUAACAGCACCUCUUACCACGUCCAGAAUCUCCUCACCGAUAGACAGUACAAGUUCAGGAUCCGGGCUGUUAAUAUGUACGGAGUUGGAGAACCCAGUGCAGAAUCUGAGCCUAUUACAGUAGGAGUAGAGGAAGUAACAGAGAAAAAGGAAGAGGAAGUUGGAGCCGCUGUUUCUGAUGAUGAUGAGGAGAAAGAACCAGACUACAGAGAUGUAGCAAUAAAGAAAGACUGUAGUGUCAAGGACUUCUAUGACAUUGAGGACCGCCUGGGAACAGGUAAAUUUGGUCAGGUCUUCAAACUAGUGGAGAAGUCCACUAAAAAGAUAUGGGCCGGGAAGUUCCUUAAGGCGUUCUCUCAAAAGGAAAAGGAGAACGUGAGGCAGGAGAUCGAUAUCAUGAACAGCCUCCAUCACCCCCAACUGGUGCAGUGUGUGGACGCCUUCGAGGGAAAGUCUGACAUGGUCAUGGUCCUGGAGUUGAUCUCGGGCGGCGAGCUGUUUGAGCGAAUCAUCGACGAGGAUUUCGAGCUGACCGAGAGAGAAGUCAUCAAGUACAUGCUGCAGAUCAUUGAUGGGGUCCAGUUCAUCCACAAGCAGGGCAUUGUCCACCUGGACCUCAAACCCGAGAACAUCAUGUGCAUAAACAAGACAGGAAGCAAGAUCAAGCUCAUUGACUUUGGCCUCGCUCGACGGCUUGUGGAUUCUGGUUCGCUGAAGGUUCUUUUUGGAACUCCUGAGUUUGUUGCUCCUGAGGUGAUCAACUAUGAGGCUAUCAGCUAUCCGACAGACAUGUGGAGCAUUGGGGUCAUCUGUUACAUUUUGGUUAGUGGUCUUUCUCCAUUCAUGGGAGACAAUGACAAUGAAACCCUUGCUAAUGUAACCUCCGCCACUUGGGAUUUUGAGGAUGAAGCGUUUGAUGAAAUUUCCGAUCAAGCCAAAGACUUUAUCAGUAGUCUCCUAAAAAAGGACAUGAGGGCCAGACUGACCUGUGCGCAGUCUUUAGAGCACUCCUGGCUUAAACAAGACACCAAAAACAUGGAGGCUAAACAGCUGUCUAAAGAGAGAAUGAAGAAGUACAUCCUAAGACGCCGCUGGCAGAAAACCGGGAAUGCGGUGCGCGCCAUCUCCAGGUUCAGCUCAAUGGGAAUGUUAGGAGGGAUUGGCCCAAAAAAAGGUUCUUCGACUGAAGAAGAGGCUCCUGCACCAUUGUUUGAAUGUGUGGAAGAUGAAAACCACACACCUGCACCCCCCACCUUUUCCUCUGUCAUACAAGACGUGGAAGUGGUGGAAGGCAGUGCUGCACGCUUUGACUGCAAGAUUGAAGGCUACCCAGACCCCGAGAUUGUGUGGUACAAGGAUGACCAACCCAUUAAAGAGACACGUCACUUCCAGAUCGACUAUGAAGAGGAUGGCCACUGCAGCCUGGUGAUCUCAGAAGUUUGCCCCGAAGAUGAUGCCAAGUACACCUGCAAAGCCGUCAACAGCCUGGGAGAAGCGACCUGCAUCGCUGAACUGAUGGUGGAGUUUAUGCAGGAGGAGGAGGGGGAGGGAGAUGGUGAAGGUGAUGAAGAGGAACAGGAGUGAAUUUUAGAAGAGCGAGUUGCGAGGACAAAUAGAGAAGGAAUACCACAGGAACUAUGAAGCUCUUAAAUAUUUACACACUUGCCUCUUUGCUUACAGACACUGACUGUUAUUUCUGUGUUUUUCUUACUGCAUAGUUUGGAAAGAGCGAAAAUUGUUUAUGGGUAAAAACUGCUUGCGACAAUCAAAGACAUUCCAGCUUAUGUUUUCUGUCCAAAUUACCCAGACUGAUUAACCGAUAUGGACUCCAAAACUGCAUAUGACAAUCACGUGGUUUUAUAACAACCCAUUGAUGUUGGGACAUUUAAACUCCAUUACCAAGAAUUCCAUCAAGUUUUAUCAUACUGAUCACAUUUAAUAUCGUCAAAGUCAGUACUUGUUGGUGUGAGCAUAUUUUUCUGUGCACAUUUCACAUCUUUAGUCUGCGCUACAGUGCAAUCUAGUGGCAAAACACUUUAAUGCUUUUGUACACUGAAUUAGUCUAGCAUGGUUAUUUUCAUAUAAAUAUAAAGCCAUGAAGACAAUUUAAAUACUCUUUGGAGACGUUAAAGAGUUUUUGCAUUUUGUUUGUUUGAGAUUCAAUUUUUCCUAUGUAACUGAAUGUAGUUCUCCACAUGCACAUCAGUGUUAAGUUGUACACCUGGGUGAGCUGUCUGUCAUGCCUAAAAGUUAAGAAUAGGCAGUAGACUGUCUAUUCUUUUUCUGCUUUGAGUUCAUUUUGUCCUUUUGAGUUAGCCCACUUGCACGUACAGAGCAAUGAAGUGAAUUUUGUGCAUCAACCUGCAAGAAAACCCCUCAUGCCAUAUUUAUAACCCUGUGCAGGCUUCAGAUGCAUUUGAGUGUCUGCACUGUUCUCCAAGAUGAAUUAGGCAUAGAAUUAAGUUUUUUAUUUGACAUGUUUCACUUAGCAUAUUAUGCUCUAAAUUUUCCUUUCACAUCCCAAGAUUCUUGUAGAAGUAUUACAGUGUAUCAAAGAUUGUUUACGUAAGAAAAUAGAUCAAUACGUCUACGAGAGACACUGUUAUAAUAAAUGUUCAUUUAGGUUUAUAUUACAUAAUUGGCAACGAUUAUCUGAACAAUGGUCAAAUAAAUAAAGAGCAUUCCAGCUA